AUGUCGGAGAGUUUGACACCUUCUUUGACAGAAUGCAUUGCUCAUCAUUACAGGUUGUUUCAUUACGACCGCGAAAUCAUCUGGUUUAAUGGUAAAUCUCUAUAUUUAGAAGACGAUUUUUCUUCUACUCAUAGGCAUCUCUACAACCUGGCUAGCAUACCGCCGAAACUGAGAUCCAGUCUUCUCUGUCUGGAGAUACCACCAAAUGCUGACGAAGGUGGUUCGUCAAUUGGAAGUCUUCAGUGCGGAUGGAGUCUUUCUCGACGGGGUAUUCAGCUGACCCUCGCUGGUGGUGCUGUGCCGGUAUUCACACUGGAACAGGUUGGGAAUCGUGUCUCCCUUGUGACUGCUUCCCUUGAGGAGACAGAAAUCGCAGUGGAGGCGAACGAAAAGAUCGGUUUGAAGGACGCUUGCCUAAAUGAGGAUGAAGGAGGGAAUAUGACGGGUGAUGAAAAGAGUGCACUGGGAGGGCUAGAUGAGAUUGACUAUAAAGGCUGGAAUCUCCGUCUCUUGCGCUUUUCCACCGGCUCUUCUGAGCAAUAUAGGGAGCACUUGCGUGGUAUUGAAGUAUCUGCAGUGGACGUGAAGGUCGACAAACUAAUUGUUGAGCCAUUUGAUGACUUUUCCAAAUACUGUCUGAUCCAGCUGCACAUGCCUUCAUUCUCGAUUUUCUGGCCUGAGUAUCGUGGUACGACAAAGGAGAAGAAUUCCGCGAAGUCCUGGACUCUUGAGCCUGAUCGUCGUACACUAACUCAAAUUUUGACGAAGAUCGUGCAUCACAUUGACUGCCUCUUAUUGGACUGGUAUCCUGACCUUGGGACGCGAUUUAACCAAUCAAGUAGCGGCGAGUAUCUCGUGCAUCGCGUUAUUCCCUGCACUGACUGCGUUCGACCACCACAAAUAGAAAAUGCUGAAAUAAGAGAGGUUGUGUCUACUCUCGAUAGCGUUCUAAAUGCCGAAACUGGGAACAGAAAUGAUACCAGUGAUGAGUCGCUAGAAUGCCGCGAGAAAAAACAACGCGUGGUGUACGGCGUUCUAGUAGAGGAAAUGGUUCAUUGGCUCCUGACACCUGCACGAAAACAGCCCAAUGUCGGUGCCCUUGGUCGCAAUGAAUCGCUUCCCUGUCCUGUCCAUUCUGACCCCAGUAAAAGCCCUACUCACUACGGCAUUUCAGCACCCGAUCUUCUUUUAAUGGAUGUAAGAGAGGAUAUGCGAGUAUCGAGCAGCCGGGUGAUGUUGGAACGAUUUUUGGGCCGUGGCACUUUUGGUUCUGUGUUUGCUGGCUCCGCCUUCCUCUCUGGCUCUUCUUCCCCCGCCAGCGUCACUUCCGCCACCGAUUCGAUGCUUAAUCUGGUGAAGGUCCCUGUGGGAGUGAAGAUUUGUUCACCUAUCAAUCCGGAACAGGUAGACAUUCGUCUGAGUGAUUGGCAGCCCUAUACUGAGGAGAAGGAGGAACAAGGAGCGGGAACAACGGAGGAGGGCGGAGGUGAGGCGGGAACGGAAGCAAAGCCCACAAGUUCGAAUACUCACCAGCACUCUCACCCCAACCGCAUGGAUCUGGCUGACCUUAGAGUGGCGUUAGCGCUAUACAAACAAGAGAGGCGGCGAUGGUCGUUGCAACCGGUUGAAUCGUGCUACACUGCGUAUCAAGAACUACGCUCUGAACUCGCCGUUCUCAUGCGAGUCUGUGAAGACAGUACUUCUGCUCCCGGUAUCACCAUCGGCGGCGGUUUCAGCGCCGCCCACGAACUCCCAUUUCGCUCACAAAGUAGUUUUCGCUCUCUCCGACGCGGCGUCGUCCGUCGCAGUGCGCGCAGUCACGCGCGUCCGCGGCUCUUCUCUGCUGCCAACAGCAUCACAUCCGCGAUGGUGGGUCACCACUUGCUUUCUUGCAUCGGCGUGGUCUCGCCUCGCCCCCUCUCUCUCCUUCUACCCCUAGCACCCCAGGGCAGUCUCUCUGAUUGGAUGGAGGAGAUGAAGAAGAUCUAUGAAGCGGAUGGCAUCUACCCAGUUCACCAGAACACCCUUACGAUGGUGGUGCAUCAGGUCGCCACUGCGCUAGCCUAUCUCCACCGUGUGCGUAUCGUCUAUCGAGAUUUAAAGCCCGACAAUCUCCUCGUCUGGCACAUGCCUCCUCCUCUUACCACCUCCACAACCAACACCACAGGGACGCGCAGGGAGCGAUGGGGAUGCACUCUGACCACUUCCACUCCCGCCUCUAAUUUCGAAGGCAGUAGAGGGGGCGGUCCCGGAACGGUGCAAGUUGUGUUAGGCGAUUUCGGGGUGAGCAGGUGGAGAGCGAGUCUAGACGGCUGUCGCGGCUAUGUUGGCACUCCCGGAUUCAUGGCACCUGAAGUUUUGGCUACUCUUGGAGAGGAGACUUACUCACACAAGGUGGACAUAUACGCAUUGGGCAUUCUGAUGGCUAGCAUUGCUAAAUUUCAAUUGCCCUAUCGCGGUUUCACAAACUUGCGAUUUCAGCUGAAUCAACACAUCCUCUCCGGUGGCAGACCCGAUAUUCCGGCUAAGAUCAAAUCUCACUGCCCAGCGGCCUACCUGGACUUAAUGAGCCUCUGCUGGUCCCACGAGCCCCAACUGCGACCUGAGGCCUCCUCGAUUGUUAAGGUCACACAGCGCCCACUUCCUCCACCUACGCCUCCUCCGCUGUCGGAGGUGUCCGGUCUCCAGUGCUUGCGACAGGCACGCCUACCGAUGGCGGUGGAGACGGGGUUCGAGGCGAUCCAUAAUGUCCAACGCGUGGAUGCGGUUGAAGUGGUCACCUGUGCAAUAAUUGAUUUACAAGGUCGCGUCUGGAUCGGUGGUUACAGUGUCCAGUCAGAACCUGAUCCUGAGAGGUCAGGAGAUGCCUUUUUCGAGUCCACAGCUCCCAAUCGUAUAGGACGAUUGGUGGCGGUAGUGGAGACGCUGAAUUCCACCUCUUGUGGUCUUGCCUGUUCUUGGACGUCUCGACGGGACGGAAACCAAGGCCAACGGCACCACCAUGUACCAUCACCUUCCUCACUUCCGCUUAAUCUAUACGAUGGGGGACAUCCGGUGGCACUGUCAGUGGAUGCCGACGGACAUUUAUGGUGUGCGGAUUCAGUGGGAAGGCUGAUGGCUUUCAGCAUCUCCUCGCUGUCUCUGUUGGCCUGUACAUCUUUGACCAAAGCUUCACUAUCUCCCAUGGAAGGCGACUGCAUCUGGAUGCUCAGUGUAGACUACCGCUCGGUGGUGUUGGGCCUUUCGACGGGGUGGAUCUGCUCUGCUUGCCUUAAUGAUGUGGGCUCUGCUGACUCUGCUGCCACUGCCGUUGGUAUUGUCAUCACGUGGUCGUUCAACAGUCUACGACAGAGUAGACGCGUGAAACAGCUUUCCAGCUCAAACCUCUACUUAUGUGGCGUUCGCGUCUCGAAAGGACUUCUCUGGCUGGGCGGGACCUCUUCCACUAUUACGGAGCUUCAGCAUGUGGAUGAAUUGGACACGUGGCAGCAGACUGCAACAUGGAAGGCAACAAUAGCGGCCCCAACUGGUGCCGCAUCGUUGGCGGUGGCAAUGAAGACGUCGCAAAAGCCACACAACUGCGGACGCCUCUGUGACCAGUCACCAGCUGUGACCUGCAUCACUUCAAAUUGGGAUGGUAAAGAAGGUUCAGCCUUGGAUAGGGCUUGGACAUACAUGUAUCCUGAUGGUGAAAUUGUCUGCUGGUCAGUUCAUACGCGGACCCCACUGCAGUCCGUGAAGCUCGAUUGUGGGGGUGAAAAUCUCCACCUUUAUGACAGUGCCUCUUCCACCUCCUCCUCCGAUAUCGAAGUCUGCUUCUCACUGAAUCUCCUCAUCGCGGCAACAUUCUCGCCUCAUCAAACGCCAUCGUUCAUCGCCUGCACUGGUCGGCUUCAUAAAGAUGCUUCCAAGGCAGGAGAGUGGUUCAAGGACGUAUCGGCUGCCAAAAAUUUGCUGUCAUUGAGCAACAUAUAUUUUGAUUUGGUAACUCUGGAUGCAUGUAGGAUUUAG